AUGUUCCCCGCUCUGAAGGUCUUGCCUCGCCCAGAGCCAGCUGAAGGCGGUUCCGAGGACCACAAACAUUGGCUUGAGGAGUCCGAGAAAUGGACAUCCCUGCGAUGCAAAUGUGGUCGCGGCUACUUCUGUCGUGAACACGGAGACUGGAUCUCCGGUAAUGAGGUUGGCGCAGGCAAGGCUGUCACUGGCGACCAGCAGCAGCCUGGGUCGUGUCCCAGCUAUCACUAUGAUGACUCUGAGCGAGAGACAUAUGUUGGUCAGCGUGAUGGGGGUCAAAUGGCCACUGUCUAG